ACAACCCUACGGCUACGGUUCAAAUACUGAACUUGGAAUCUCUCCCCUUCCGACUCUGCUCAACAAUGGGGUUCUUCGACCUAAACAUACCCUACUACGAAUCCAACAAACACAUCACCGACAAAUCCUCCAUUAAAACCACUCGUCUCAAGCUCCUCGUCAAGGCAAUGGAGCUAGGCUACUCCGGAGUCGCCUACAACCGUACGAUCAAAGGCGUCAUGUCCGAAUCCGACCGUUGCUCAACCCCUCUCUUCCCUCUCUCCUCCCUCCUCAAUCUCUCUCCUUCUCUCUCCUCCUCUGUCAAGCUCCACCGCCACCUCCUCAACGUCCCCUCCUCAUCCCCCUUUCGUCAGUACUCUCGCUUGACUGUCACCGUCGAUACUUCCUCUCAGGCUUCGGCUCUCAAUUCCGGGAAUCCGAUUCUGAAGACUUAUGAUGUUGUGGCGGUUCGGCCUCUCAAUCAGAACUCGUUUGAGCAAGCUUGUCAGGCUUCUGAGGUGGAUUUGAUUUCGAUUGAUUUUUCGGAGAAGUUGCCAUUUAGGUUGAAGCAACCGAUGGUUAAAGCUGCAAUUGAGCGUGGUGUAUAUUUUGAAAUUACAUACUCAGGUCUGAUCAUGAAUGCUCAAAUGAGGAGACAAAUGAUAUCUAAUGCUAAGCUACUGGUGGAUUGGACCCGAGGAAAGAAUCUCAUUUUUUCAAGUGCAGCCCCUUCUGUGAAUGAACUAAGAGGGCCAUAUGAUGUUGCGAAUUUAUCGUCACUGCUCGGGCUCCCUAUGGAACGUGCUAAAGCAGCUAUUUCCAAAAAUUGUAGAUCUCUUAUAGCUAAUGCUUUAAGGAAAAAACAGUAUUACAAGGAGACCAUCAGAGUUGAAGUAAUUUCAUCAGGGGAACGGUUUGACUCCAAGGAACCUUGUUUCAGUGACUGGCUUAAAUGGGAUCCGAUCUCUAGUGGUGAUGGCGAUUUGCUAUUAGAUGACAUGGCAAGGUUCUUUUCUGCCUCCACUAAAGUAUCCAAAACUGUGAAAGCCAUUGACUUUGCUUCGAUUGUUGAUAGUUUGCCAUCACGUGGGCUGCAAGUUUUGGACAUGAAAUCUGCAGCAGAGGCUGCAGUGCAACCACUGGAUAUUGGUAAAAACUUGUCUACUGCUGGGGAAACAAAGGUGUCUUUUGCAGUUACUGGAUUAUCUCAACAGCCAGAGAGUCUUGAUGAUCUUCGUAAAGCAGAUCAGACUUCAUCAUACGAUAUGCUAUCCCAACAUCAGAGCUACAGCUGUGAAGAAUCUAUAAAGUCAUUUUCACCAAUUGAUACUCUCAGAGAUUUCAGUAAUGCUGUAGAAAUUGAAACCCAUACCACCAACACCGAGGAAGAAUCUAAAAUCUCAAAUGGGUUGGAUGUAUAUUUGACCCCACUUGGAACUGAAAUGCAUAAUUUUCUAUCUCAAAGUUGCAUCACUGGUUGUGAUGCUCAUGUUCUGUUACCAGAUGAUAAUGCAACAUUUCACACUUCGGCAAUUGACACUGAGAUUGCUGCUGUCAAUACUGCUGUUGCUGGUACAGAAAAUUCCACUCGCUCCAAGGACACUGAUUUUUCUGUUUUCUAUAAUAAAGAGUCUAAGAGGGAAUGUAGUCCCGGUGUAGUUUUAGGUACAGAAGAUCAUGCAAUGAAAGAAGUCUUAAUUGAGACAAAUACAGAAAUUAAAGAAGGUUUAGCAUCGGGUUCAUAUGAUGUGUCUUUGCAUGAAGAUUUUACGGGAAGAGAACAGUUCGGGGAAAAAAGAGAUGAUUCAGUUUCCAUUGCUAAUGUAUUGCCAGUUGUGGAGUCUUAUGAUGAGAUGAAAGAUCAUGAUGAUCAUACUGUUAGAAACUGUAAGCCACCGGAUGAAGGGGAAAUGGAAGAGAAAAUGCAAAUUGAAGAUCAUGCUGAAAUUAAUUGUCCAGCCUUGGAUGAUUCACCAGCGGAGCGCAAAGUGAAAAAAAGGAUACGUAACCGAGCCAAUUUGUUCCCUCUUAAGCGUUUGUUGAAUCCUACACCUUUCAAGAGGAAAGCUCGGAAGCCAAAAACUAAGAUUAAAUUGUUGUAAUUGGGUAAGUAAUCCCAUUUUAGUUAUAUUGUGUUGGUUCACGCAAUAAUAACAGCUGCGGAUGCUCUUACAAUUUUUCCUAGUUGCUUUCUUUGUUAACAUAUAGGGUAAACUAUUAUGCAUCUAUCUCAACCCUUCAUCAUUUGGGUUCUAAAUUUUGGUAUUGGCAUCAAUAUUUGUAAUAGUUGAAGACGAUGCACUCCAAUUUUUUGUUAAAAUAUUGCAAUUUAUUAUGGUGAAAGGUCAAAUUGGUCAAGAUUGUAAUAUGGCUUUCAUAUUAGACCUUCUGUGUGCUAGUGCACAGGUGUCCUUGUGGGUGUUCUAGUUUUGAA